ACCUCAUGGAUGUUCGACUUCGCAAGGCAUUUCGCUAUCCCGAUGAUUUGGAUGAUGAACGUGAGGAGCUUGACGAGGAAGAACAGGAGCGAGUGAUCCAGCAGUUGCAAGGCCAAAAUGAGGCGCGCAACGCCCAGUACAGUAUGAUCUUCACUGGAAUUCCAUUGUUCUCGGCCACCGUCUUCGUGCCCUCGAUGCUGUCUGCCUCGACUGCUGGUGAGGCUUUUCUGUCUCUGCUGGGCAUCUUCUCGCUGUUGAGCUCGGCCUACACCAUGAGGCGUGCUCCUCUCUACCCCGAUCGCAAGGGAAAGAAGCCCCUGUUGGCUGAAGAUGAGCGUUUGACCUGGCUUUUAUCUGCCCUGGUUCCCGUCAAUGGCGCAGUAUGCUUGUUGCUAACGGCCUGUUUCUUCAUCGGGGCGGGUUCAUCCUAUACGAUCCGCCCUGUUCUCUACCUGAUUCCUGGAGCCAUGCUCGCCGUAAUCUUGCUCGCUAGAGAAACAAUGCUCUCGGUUGAUCUAUCGGCUCUCAAAGAUCUUCAGUACGAGUACAAAGGCGCCUAA